AUGAGGUUUUUCGCGGAGUUCGUCACGUGUUGUGGGUCGAGGACGGAGAGGAGGGGAUUGGUGGCGGUGCCUGAAACCCGCCGCCGGUGCAGCAGGGGGAGGAUGAGGGGCGGUCGCCGGAGGUGGCGGCCGUCACUCUCGUCGAUAUCGGAGGAUAGUGUCGAAAGGACGGCGGCGGUGUGGCGGAGGAGGCUGAAGAGGAAGUACGUGUGA